GUUCCUUAACGGUACAUAUGAAUAAAGAUGGAAUAAUAUAAAACUGAGGAGAAAAAAAAAGGUUUAGGAUACUAAAAGUUUAAUAUGUAAUAAAACAAAGUUUAAGAUACUUAGAAAAUGUUUAAAAAAGUAAUUGUGGGUAUAUCUGGUGGGGUUGAUAGUGCUGUAUCAGCAUUGCUUCUAAAGAAUAAAGGAUUCAAUGUCACCGGUGUAUUCAUGAAAAAUUGGGACAUCAAAAAUGAGACUGGAUUUUGUCAGACUGAGGAGGAUUAUGAAGAUGCACAAUGGGUGUGCAAAAAAUUAGAUAUUCCUUUUGUUGAAGUCAAUUUUGUAAAAGAAUAUUGGAAUAAUAUCUUUUCCUAUUUAACAGAACAAUAUGAAAAUGGAUAUACACCAAAUCCUGAUAUUUUGUGUAACAAGUACAUCAAAUUUGAUCAUUUCUUCAACUUUGCACGUAUUAAACUUCAGGCUGAUGCUAUUGCAACUGGACACUAUGUCAGAACUAGUUUUGGUUCUUAUCUUGAACAUUUUAAGCCAGAUACAAAUGUCAGCUUACUUCAAGCUCGAGAUGCAAGAAAAGAUCAAACAUUUUUCUUGUCCCAAGUACCUCAACAAGCAUUAAGAUACUCCAUGUUUCCCCUUGGAGAAUAUUUGAAGAAAGACGUUAAACAAAUUGCUCAGAAAGCUGGAUUGGAUAAAAUUGCUUUAAAAAAGGAAAGCACAGGGAUAUGUUUUGUGGGAAAACGAAAUUUUCAAAAUUUCAUAUCCGAGUACAUAUCUGACAAACCUGGAGACUUUGUAGACUUGGAUAAUGGUCGGGUAGUGGGAAAGCAUAUGGGCUUUCAUCAUUGGACCAUAGGGCAAAAUAUAAGAAUUAGUGGUUUACCAGCUGCAUACUAUGUGUAUAAGAAAGAUAUUAAUACAAAUAACAUCAUUGUAGUAAAAGGAACACACAAUUCAGCGUUAUAUUCAGAAUUUGUAAUAACAGGAACUCCGUACUGGAUAUCAUCAGAGCCAGAAUUUAAUAGUUUCUCUAGACUAUUAAAUUGUGAUUUCCGCUUUCAACAUGUAGAUCCCUUGGUACCUUGCACAGUUCAUAAAAAUUUAAAGAAUCAGUUAAUAAUACAGCUUAGUCAACCAUUAAGAGCACUUACAGAGGGACAGUUUAUCACCUUAUAUAAAGGAAUGGAGUGUCUAGGUAGCGCUGUAAUCUCAUAUUGUGGUCCAUCGUACUAUAAUUUAAACCAAGAAGUAAAAAUGGAACAUUAUCGAGGAAACAACGAGACACAAGAACAGAUCGCGGACGCGAGCAUGUAAUAUUGUACACAAUAAUUUAUUAACAAAAAAGGAAAUUAUAUUUGGACAUUUUAAUAUAGUUUUUAUUGAUUGAAUAUAAAAUAAACAUUGUACAAAAUCUC